AAAUUUCCCAGCAAACCGGGAGUCCGUGAAGUGGUCUAAAAGUUCGUCAACAAGCCGCCAGGCUGAACCCGGAGUUCUUCCUCCUCGGACCGGACCGCCUGUUACCGCUUCAUCGAUCCACAACUCGGUGAAGACCGACCCGUCCUAUCGAGUGGAAGCGGAGCGAAGAGAUGCCGCUGCUCCACAGAAAACCCUUCGUCCGGCAGAAACCUCCGGCGGACCUGCGGCCGGAGGAAGAAGUGUUUCUCUGUAAAAUCACCCAUGAAGUCUUCAGGACCUACGACGAGUUCUUUGAAAGGACCAUCCUCUGUAACAGCUUAGUGUGGAGCUGUGCACUGACGGGGCGAGCGGGCCUCACCUACCUGGAGGCUGUGGAGAGCGAGCGACGGGCCAGGCAUAGUCUGCAGAGCUUCCCUCAGGCCCUCGUAGUGCCGCUGCUCCACCUGGCCGCCCUGAGCCGCCGCCGCAGGCUGUCAGAGCUCUGCGAGGAUGUUUACGCCUUUGUCAAAGAUCGUUUCUUCCCGGGAGAAACGGUGGACGUCAGCGGGCGCAACGGAGCCAGGCGGGUGUGCGAGAUUGUGCAGGUUCUCUCGCCUUCGUCAUUUUCUAACAGAGCGCCACCCCCCGUCAGCCAGAGCAAGCCGGCGGACAGCGACACCAUCGUCAUCAGCGACAGCGACGAUGAAAGGGACGUCUUUGAGAGUCCCACACAGCUCAACGGUGGAAAGAAGAAGCCUCUGAAUCCAUCCGCAUAUAAUUAUAAAGUCCGGCUGGUCAAAGAUGAAGGCAGUGAACCUUUCACAGUCAAAGCCAAUCAGAUCAGCCGUAAGAAAUCUGUGCUAUCCAGAGAACGCCUGAAGCUCCUCUUCAAGCAUCAUUGUGAACCUCAGAAGGGCAGCAUCAUUCUGAAGCCCUCCACAGUGAAGCAGUACAGGCUCUCUGAACAGACCUUCUCUCAGUUCUUCCCUGAGGACCCCCCGCUAUUCAGCCCCCCCUCUAAUGGCUCCCCAGGAAAGGCGCCAUCAAUAAACGUGCUGGAAGAGAAGCUUAAGCUGCUGCAGAAACGAGAGGAGAUGGCUGCUGCAACCCAUGAGAAAGCACGGCUGAAGAGGGAGAGGGAGGAGGUGCAGGAGGCCAAAAGGAAGGAGCGAGAGGAUAAAGACAAGCUGAGGGAGGAGCAGAGACUAAGAUUUGAGGAGGAGAAGCAGAGGAAGAGGAAUGAACGGGAGCUCAGGAAGCUAGAGAAGGAGAGGGAACGAGAGAAGCUGAAAGAAGAGAAGAAGAAAUAUGCUCAGCGCCUGAGGCUGCUAAACCAACCCAGAGAGGAUAUGGAGUGUGAAAACCUGAAGGAGCUACCCAACCCGGUCCCGGUGAAAACCCGACUCCCUGCUGAGCUCUUUGGAGAAGCUCUGAUGGUUCUGGAGUUUCUGCGAGCUUUCGGUGAACUUUUUGACCUGAAAGACGAGUUUCCUGAUGGAAUCACUCUGGAGGUUCUGGAGGAGGCUCUGGUCGGCAAUAACCCAGAAGGGCCUCUGUGUGAGCUCCUCUUCUUCUUCCUGACGGCCAUUUUUCAGGCUCUGGACGAGGAGCAGGAGGAGGUGGCUAAAGAUCAGGCUGAAGGCCUGUGGGAGGCCCUGGACGAUGACUCGGAUCCCACUCAGUCAGCUCUGACUGCUGUGGCCUCGCUGGCUGCAGCCUGGCCUCAGCUGCAUCAGGGUUCUGGUCUCAAACAGCUGGACCUGGACAGCUGCACGCUGUCUGAAAUCCUGCGCCUCUACAUUCUGGCCUCUGGCGCCGAUUGUAACCACAACAAUGCUAAGUUCCGGUACCAAAAACAGGGCGGCUUCACCGUCAUGGACGACCCGUGUGUGAACCUGCGGCUGUCUGAUCCGGUCCUGGUGAAGAAGCUGUCCUGCACUUCGGUUUAUGACCUCACACCAGGAGAAAAGCUGAAGAUCCUCCAGGCUCUGGUGGGGAAGCUGCUGACUUUAGCAUCGAGCAGAGAUCUGAUUGAAGACUGUGUGGACGAACAGAAGGCGGCUAAACAGGAGCUGCGAGAGAUCAGAGCUGAGCAGCACCGCAGGAAGCGGGAGGAGACGGCGCUGAGGUGUGAUGAAGACUCAAAAAAAGACCUGAAAAUGAGGAAGAGCAAGAAGAAGGAAGAUGACCAAGCAUCCGAUGAUGGAAGCAGUGACGGUGGGCGGGUCAUUAAGACUGUUCUGGAGCGAUGGAGGGAGUCGCUGCAGUCCUGCUCCAGCUUCUCCCAGGUGUUCGUCCACCUGUCUAGUCUCGAAAGGAGCAUUCGCUGGUCCCGUUCGGUCCUCAACGCCCGCUGCCGCCUCUGCAGACGCAAAGGAGACGCAGACAGCAUGCUGCUGUGCGACGGCUGCGACCGAGGACACCACACCCACUGUCUGAGGCCCCGUCUCAAGUGUGUUCCAGAGGGAUCCUGGUUCUGUCCCGACUGUCGACCCAAACAGAGAUCCAGCCGCGUUCCCUCCCGACAGCGCUCCUCUGUAGACGACAAUGAGGAGGACGACGAAGAGGAGGAGGAUGAAGAGGAGGAGUCAGAAGAGGAAUCUGAGGAGGAAGAUGAGGAGGAGCAAGAAGAGGAGGAGGAGGAAGAGGAGGAAGCUGUGAGCACCAAGAAGAGCCAGGCUGCCCCCCCCAGAGGCAAAACCCUUCAGGCCACGCCCAGAGGUCAACAAGCUCCGCCCAGAAACGGAGCUGCUUCAUCGGGGAAAACCUCUGCUGCCUCCAGAAGCUCAGGGAAGAAGGCGUCUGCUCCUAACGACAGAGCGGCGUCCCGCUCAGGACAGCGUGGCGCCGCCCGCCUCAGUAAUGAGACCCUCCCUCCAAAGAGCAGCGUCAGAACCUCACCGGGUCAGAGAGACGUCAGCAAGAGGCCCUCAGCAGAAGCUGCGCCUUCCAAACCAUCAAAAACAGUCCUCCCAGUUCUCCCAGCAGCCUCCUCAUCCUCCUCCAGUCGGCGCUCCUCAGGGAGGAAUCAGGGAGUCCAUGAGCUGUCUGCCUGUGAGCAGCUGACGGUUGAGCUGGUCAGACAUGAGGACAGCUGGCCCUUCAUGAAGCUGGUAUCCAAGACUCAGGUUCCUGAUUACUAUGACAUCAUCACAAAGCCCAUAGCUCUGAGCACCAUCAGAGAGAAGGUCAACAACUGUCAAUAUCAGACCGCAGGUGACUUCAUCUCAGACGUGGAGUUGAUGUUCUCCAACUGUCUCCAGUAUAAUCCCCGUCAGACCAACGAGGCCAAGGCCGGAGUCCGCCUGCAGCAGUUCUUCCAUUCCGAGCUCAGCCGCCUCGGCCUCAGAGAACGCUGCUAUGCUCCGCCCACCAAGCGCUCCCGGCAGUGACCUCUCGACCUCUGCUGGCUCCUGGGCCUGGAAAAGCAUCGAUAUGAGAGGGCGCCCAGAGGGCAAACAGGAAUAAAACAUGUUCUUUUUAUAUAAAAACUUCCAUCUACAGCAGCUCUGACUGGAGAGUUCCGUCUGUUGACCUGCUGUGAGGUGAAGCUUUGUAGAAAGGCCUUGGGGUUCUUCUGUGGUCUGCAAGGCAUUUCUUUUCCACUGCGUCAACAGGAGCGUUGAUCAACCAAACAUGGUGCUGUAGGACGAUAGAGUCCCUGCUCAUUUUCACCCUGUUUCAUUUAAAACCACUGGGAAACUUUUGCACUGACCCAUAAACUUCCACCUGAUUGGGCUUUACCUGAUUGCUCAGGGACAAACGUUCGCAUUCUGACGCUGCCGUAGCGAAACGAUCAAAUGUACAUAGGCGUGAACCGUGUGUGCGAGAAGCCGUCGUUUGGUUGACGGAUUGUUGGUCCAAGCGGACAUCCUUCCAUCACAGAAUAUUUCAGGUGAUCAAUAUAAACUCUGACACUUCAAACCUAAACUACUGGAAACACAGAACCCGUUUGUAGUUCAAAAAUGUUUAUUUCAUAAUUCAGUGGAGUUAUUUUCUUAUAGCAGAUAUGUAGCAUUUUCAGAUGUACAUAAAGGAAAUGAAAGUGAAAGCCAUAAAAUAUGAAGACGCCCAUUUAAAUCCCAAAUCUUUUUGCUCUUUGAAGCAUAAAUUAAAAGAACUAAACUUGGCUAUUUAUGUAAGAGAUGUAAUCUUCCUAAAACUUUAAUAUCUGGAUGUUUCUUUGGAGAGCCCCCUAACAUUUAUAUAUUUGAUAUUUAAAACCGCUUUAGUCGCCAUAAAGCGAACAAUCCAUAGAUCCCAUCCAGUUUCAUUCAUCAAGUGAGUUUAGAGGAAAAAAUUGUUCCCUUGAGAUUUUAUGAAAGUAAAGAGUUUAUGUUUGGUGUUAAUCAAUAAAUUGUUAGAUUCAGUGGAAUAAAGAAAGAGGAAGAGGAGCAGCUGAAGAUGCUGUUCUUCCUCCUGCCUCUGGCUCAGGGUUCGAUUGUUCAGGUUCUUCUAGUUGAACCUCUGCAGCUCGAGCUUUUCACAGGAAGUGCUGCUGUUUUAAAGUUGAAGUAGAACAAAGAUUACAGCCAAACAGGAGCAGCCUGGAGGAAAGAUGCUCCUUUCUUUUGUUCUUCACAUUCCAUUUAGAUGGCAGGGAAGGGUCAAGCUAGCUGUGUCCUGCUCUCUGGUAGCGGCGGUUUGAGUGUUUGGGACUACUGCACCAUGUUCUGAUGUUUUUGGUACGCUGUGCCCCGUCUGUUCGCUGGGUUAACAUCAGCUGGAGACACUACACUGGAGCUGUUGCAGACCCCCACCCCCCACUGCUCUGUAUUUAUUAGUCAAAACUUUCUUUUCGCUCUCCUUAUUUAUGACAGUUUGUCCUGAUGUUGUUCUAAUGUUAAAAUAAACAGUUUUUACUGAAAC